AUGUCCUUAGAAACCCAAACUUACCCUGAUGUAUGGAAAACAACGUUUAUUAUGCCUAAACACAAAUCUGGCUCGAAAACAGACGUCAGUAACUACAGGCCAAUUAAUAUCACACCUAUAGCUUCUAGAAUUAUGGAGAGACUAGUUAAAGAAAACCUAAUGAAGCAUAUGCUUAGUUGCAAUAUUAUAAGCCCGAACCAACAUGGAUUCCUAAAAUCCAGAUCUUGUUUAACAUGCCACUUAGACUUCUUUAACUUUGUGACCAGCAGUCGUGACAGGCGACAACUAGUACUUGUCAUCUACUUUGACAUCUCAAAGGCAUUUGACCGUGUCGACCAUUUACUACUAGUGCACAAGCUGAAAUCCUUAGGAAUAAGUGACCCGCUAUUAGGAUGGCUUAAAUCAUUCCUUAACAAUAGGUCCCAAAUAGUUAAACUCGGAUCUAUAACUUCGAAACCUAGCCAAAUCACCUCUGGUGUAGUACAAGGUAGUGUCAUUGGACCCCUUCUAUUUACCCUAUAUAUUAA